GAUGAGCACCAAUCACUGCAUUUUGGGCAGGAGCUGCUGCUCCUGGCACUGAGUGCCCCUCACUGUGGUGCUGUGUGCCCUCCAAAAGCAGUGGGUGCUUCCCUGGCUCUGAGCCAUGUUCCUGCAGCCAGGCAGGCGCUGCUGUGGGAUUGCCCGUGCUGUGGAUGGAACCAUCCCCUCAUGGUGUGGAGAUGCUGGGGCUGGGCAGGACCUGCAGCUCUCUGUCUGGGUAAACAGGUGAGGAUCAGCAGUGCCUGAAAGUCAGCUUAGCAGGGAGGGGAUGCUCUGCACUGCUCCUGCUCUCUGAUGGUCUGUCCAGCACACCCAGCUGUGUUCUGCUCUGCAUGUAAGAAUAGUUUUGUGUUGGUUUGCCUUUAUUUCUUCCCUCUCCAGGCCUCAUUUUAUCAUUUUUAGCCUAGCAAUGCUCCCUUCAGUGAGUGUCCAGAAUGGUUAUUGUGCUCCUCGUGUGGCAGCUUGGAGGAGCAGAGGCUCCAGGAUUGUCUCACAUCCCUUCACCUGCUUCCCUGCAGCUUCUUGCCGAGGAGGAGCUGAUGGCAAAUUGUGUUGACAGGCUUUUAAUUAACAGCUUCUCAGCAGGAGCUCUUCCUAUGUCUCAUAAGUCACAACAGAGCAACUUUUAAUUUGUUAGCAAGCCAAAGUGUAUUCAAAAGAAAAAUCUUUCCACUUUGUAAUUUAUUGAAUGAUGCCUUUCACACUCCAUGUUUUAAAGCUUCUGAUCUUGCAAUUAAGGCUUAAAGCUCAUUAAGCUUAAUCAGGAAAACAUUUUGCUAGUAUGAAUUGUGUAAGAUCUCCUAUUUUUUCACUCUUUAAUUUUUCUUUUUUGUGGCAGCUUUAUUUUGUGCAACAACAGUAUUAAUCUGUGUAGACUGUGCACAAGACCUCUUGUUCCUGUGAGCUUUUUAAAAGAUUUUACCUUCUCCUUCCUGCUAAGUCUAUUUUUUGCUUUUUCCUGUGGUUCCUUCUGUUGUCCCAUCUGUUUGGUUGAACUGCUUUAUUCUCUCCUGGUGUUUGGCAUACACUAAUCCUUUUACCUUCUAUCUUUCACAGCUUUGUUGAAUUGCAGUGUGUAGUUCAAUUUUGCUUCUGCCUGCCCUUCGCUAGGAUGUUCCAGGAUGAUCUAUGAUUUUUUUGAAAUUGAGAACUGUUAAAAAUUGUUCCUUCCAACUUUCCCCCUCCUUCUCUUUUUCCUUUAUUUUUAUUACUGCUUGCACAUUCCAUUUGUGGUGCUGUUAGCCUUUGGGAAAAAUACUGUAAUGACUCUGGUUUCUUGCUUCUCAGAAUCUCCAGAUCUUUCCUUUUUUCCGCAGUUUCCAAAAGCUGUAAAGGUAGUUGUCCAAGUAAAAUGAGUUGGAAAGCCCUCAGUCCUGCAAAAUGUAUAUAAUGUAUAAUGGAUUUCACUUACUGCAAUCACACAACUCUUUUCAAUACCAGCCCCAGUGGAUGAAAUAAGUUCAGUGAUUCCUGAGACCUUUUUAAAUAUCAGUAAGAAAAUUAACUGGAGGGGGAGGGAAUGGUGUAGGAAAAAAUCAGAAUUUUGAAGUUGUAGAUUUAUCAGCACUCAGAGAUUAAAAUCUAAGAUGGUUCAUUUUUGGAGUCCAGAAGAGUUUUGGUAAGCAAAUGUGUCGUAAUUACACGUGUAUGUAAGACCUGUCAUUCUCAAAAGCAGGAGAGAUAAAGAGAGGCCUCUUUCUGUUAGGAAAUAAGUUCUGGGCCGAAAAGAAACGGUGGAGGGGAAAGAAAAGUUACUUUCUGUCAACAGGUUUGAAUGUUCUGUCAUAAACAGAACUCAGUUCAAAGGAUCUGGGAAUCUCAGGAGAUUUAUUUCAAGACUAACCAAUUUCCUGCAGCACACUGUCAGUGCUAGGAGGAGGCAUCUCUUGCACAUAAGAGCAGCUGUUUUUUUUUUUUAAAGAAAAAAAGGCAUGUAAGGGGGGAGAGCAACCCCUCUCAUCCUUAUUUAGGGCAGUUUUCCACAGGAGAGUGUACAUCUGUGAAAACAGGGCACUUGAGCAAAUUCUGUACUCUUCAGAAUGUUAUUUUGCAAGGAAAAGUGUGUUUGGAUGUUUUCGAGAGGGCUUGUUUUUGUUUUUUUUUGUAUUUUUAUUUUUGCAGUGAGUAGCAACUGCUGAGGCUUUAUUAAAUUUUGUUUACUAUGUAAUGGGACUGAGAGCUUUAAUACUCUUUAUUAUCUUAAGAAUUGUGAAUGUGAGUAUUAACCCUGUGUUAGCAGAAGCUGGUUUAAUUUUAUGGAAAAUAGAAAUAUUUUUUAUUUACCUGAAAGUUUUGUUGUGGAAAUACAGUUAAUCCUAUUUUUGGGGUGAAGGCAGCUUCUCCAUUCUGUUGUUGCCAAUUUAAAUUACCUUGUGUGCUUGCCUUUAUAGAAUAACUGGUUCUUCCACAUCUGAAAUAUAAUUUGCCUCUAUUUUGUUGAUUGCAGGAACCAGAGAUAUCUGAAGAUGAAACCAUGAGGAGUGAGCAGAGUGAAUAAUAAUGCUUUUCCGAAACCGCUUUCUGUUCUUGCUGGCCUUGGCAGCCCUGUUAGCCUUUCUGAGCCUCAGUCUGCAGUUCUUGCAUUUAAUCCCAGUAAACCCUGUGAGGGAGGAUGGGUUGAAUCCCAAGAGCAGGAAGAGAAUAAUGCCUGAUCUGCUGACGGAGCCCCCUGCCAUAGACCCCGUGUAUGAAGCUCAGGUGUACUGCAACAUUCCCAGCAUCGCCGAGCGCAGCAUGGAAGGUCAUGCCCCUCAUUAUUUUAAGCUGGUGUCAGUUCAAGUGCUGAUUCGACAUGGUGAUAGGUACCCUCUGUAUGCCAUUCCCAAGACAAAGAGACCUGACAUCGACUGCAUGUUGGUGCCCAGCAGGAAACCUUCUCAUCCUCAGCUUGAAGCCUUCAUUAAGCAUAUGUCCAAAGGGUCUGCAGCCCAAAUGGAUGGUUCUCUGAGCAGCCUGCCUCACUUCCCCAGCCAUUCCCUGUGUGAAAUGGGAGAGCUUACACAGACAGGGGUUGUACAACACCUGCGAAAUGGACAGCUGCUCAGAGAGAUUUACAUCAACAAACACAGACUGCUCCCCAGUGACUGGACAGCCAAGCAGCUCUACCUGGAGACCACGGGCAAGAGCCGGACCCUGCAGAGCGCGCUGGCCCUGCUCUACACCUUCCUGCCAGAUUUUGACUGGAAGAAAAUUAACAUGAGGCACCAGUGGAGCACCAUUUUCUGCUCAGGAAGCUGUGACUGUCCCAUGAGAAACCACUACCUGGAGGAGGAGCAGCGCAGGCAGUACAGCUUACGGGUGAAAAACAGCAAUUUGGAGAAGAUCUACGUGGAUAUGGCAAAGAUUGUGGGCAUUCCCACCAGGCAGCUGAGAGCUUCUAACCCUAUAGAUUCUCUCUUGUGCUAUUUCUGUCAUAAUGUCUCAUUUCCAUGUACCAAAGCUGGCUGCAUUGGUAUGGAACACUUCAAAGUAAUCAAGAGACACCAGUUGGAGGACGAGAGAGAAAGACAGGAAAAGAAACUUUACUUCUUGUAUGCACUGUUGGCUACUCAUCCUCUCCUCAACCAGACUGUCAAUAGGCUGCAGCGUAUUGCAGAGGGCAAGAAGGAGGAAGUGUUUGUCCUCUACUCUGCACAUGAUGUCACCUUGUCACCAGUUCUUAGUGCCUUGGGCAUUACAGAGGCCAGAUUUCCCAGAUUUGCUGCCAGAUUAGUUUUUGAGCUGUGGCAGGAUGGGAAGAGGCCCAAAGAACACUUUAUCCGCAUCCUGUACAACGGUGCUGAUGUCACAUUCCAGACCUCCUUUUGCAGGGAUCAUUAUAAACGUUCCAGCAAGCCAAUGUGCCCACUAGAAAAACUUGUCAACUUUGUCAAGAGGGAUAUGUUCUUAAUUUUUAACAGUACAAGCUACUAUGAUGCAUGUCAUAGGAGAGCACUGUAGAGAAGGGAGGAGGAAAGGAGGCAGUGUUAACUUAUGUCAGUGAUUUGUUUUCUGGCAGAGGCACAGUUCAGUUUUCUUACUUCUUGUAUUUUCAUGUGUAAGUACAGAAGGCUAAUGCUUGAAACAUAUUUCAAAUAGUUUUAUUUUCAUUCAGGCUGCAGAUGGCCUUCAGUAGAACAAAUGUCAAGGGUUAUGUGUGUGUGUACACUCACAAAUGCUGUUAACUGUUGUGAUAAACCAUGUGGUGAAUGUGACCUGGCCCUUGCUUGAUAGAGUGAGAGAGCACAGACUUUGUGUUUCUCUGUUCCAGAGCAAUACUUGGAUAGCCUGAGUUUAAAGCCAAAACUCCAUUUUUUUCUAACACCAUCUCAGUCAUUUUAAGCACUUCAUGUCAGGGUCAUUAUGAAUUCCAGGUGUCUGCAUUAAGGCAUUUUAAAGGAAUUUUUGAAUUUCUUUACUCAGAGGAAGCCAUAAUAUUAGAAUAUUAUGGUCCUUAAAGCAAAGUGCAUGUGUGUGUGUGUGUGAAUACUUCCUGAGCAUGUACAAAUGAGUGUGUGCCUUCUGCACCUCACAGACCUAGAAACCCUUGGCUGUUGUUGCCAGUGCCAGAGAAGGGUGUACUGGAGAAGGGAUACAAAACUCUACUCUCUGAUUGCACUUUCAGCACUUUGAAUAGUUCAAACACAGUCUAGAAACAUGUGAAGGCCUUGUGACAUUAAAAUAGGUUGCAAACACUAACAGUACCACUAAACCUGAGUGGGAAAUUAGGCUUAGAAAUGAGUUUUAUGGUGAAGUAUUGGGCUCUUUCCCAUUGUGAACACGUUCAAGCUGUUGUGCUAUGGUACAAAUCAGUAUUUUAGGAAUUUGCUAUGGUGACUGCUUGAGACAGCUUGACUAAGUACUGAGAAAACUUUGUAGUUGAGUUAGUAUUUUUAUGGACUAGUAAGCUCUUAUUUUGUAAGACCAGACUUGUACAUAUUGUACUGUGUAUAUUUAUAACACAGUAGAUCUUUCUUACUUGUUUAGUUUGUAAAGACUUGUGGAGGUCACUUUUUAGACAUUUUUUUUCCCUUGAUCAGGAUGUUUAGACUUAAGAAUAAACUGUCUCUUAUGGGUAAUUUGAACAAUGAGUAGAUAUGAAAACUUCAGACUGCUUUCAUCUCUGUAGGAGUAGUAAAUUGAGAACCAAUUUUUAAUAGAAUUCCUAGAAAUUUUAUAAUGAUGGAGGUUUUGUAACUUCUAGAAAUAAAUUAGUCUGUGAGUUGUGAUUUAAUGGUGCUAGUUUGUCAAAGAAAACAUAACUCAGCAUAAGUUCUCUGACUCUUGGCAUUCCACUCUUUCUGUUUUCAAUGCUGCAUUUGAACAUGUUUCUUUAAAUAAAAUUCUGGGGUCUCUGUGCUUUUGUGUUA